AUGCGGAUCGCAUUCGUCUUGCUCUUCGUUUCUGCUAUCGUUUUGGUCGACAGUGCUGAUGCGCUAUUUCCGACUGCGGUUCGUAGCGAGCGUGUCCUUCAAGGAGCCCAAAGCGGUGGAAUGCGAUCUCUCCGUGUGCAUAACGAAGAGAGAGGUCUCCCUUUCUUUGGUGGCAAGUCCAGCAACACCAAAGUGUCAACGACAUGGCUUCGCGAUACGACGGUGUAUGACGAUAUUCUAACAAACGCUGGAUUCACCACAGCAUUCGGAAUAUGGAAGCAAAACAAAUAUUCGGAGGGUAAAAUCACGCGUGCCAUGAAUAAGCUUGGCAGGACUCAAGAUGAGAUCGAUCGCGUCCUGGCUGGCUACCGCAAGUUCAAAAAUGUGAAAGUGAGAUAG